AUUUAGGAGAUUUUGAUCUGGGUUUUGGUUGGAUUUCCUUGUAAGACAUGUGAAAUUGGUGUUGAAGGAGGAUAUUGUGGAACAAGAGAGGCUUUUAAAGGGGGGAUUUUCUGGGAGUAUCUGUAUAGAAAAUCUGGUAAUAGAGUUAGUGUUUUUUUGCCUGUAAUGGAUUUCUAUGAAUCCACUUGAUGACUGGGUGAUAACAUAGCAUCACAAAUCUUUAUCUGGUCUCUGGUGUUUUCAUAUCUAAGAUUGAAUUUGUGGAUGAUUGGUGUUCUGUGAUGAACAUGAUAGGAGGUCAUUGGGGGGAUUAUUUUUUGAAUUUAUUGUAGAAUCUUAGCGAUGUGAAAGGAGGAGGAAAUAGUGAAUUAAAAAUUUUCAGGUGGAGAUUAUCUUUAAAGGUUACUUAAUGGCUAAAGAGGAAUUGAUUGAGCUCAAAUUCAGGCUCUUCGAUGGAACAGAUAUUGGACCCAACAAGUAUAGUCCUUCUACCACUGUAGGAACUCUGAAGGAACUCAUACUUGCUCAGUGGCCCAAAGACAAACAUAAUGGUCCAAGAACGGCAAGUGAUCUGAAGCUCAUCAAUGCAGGUAAGAUAUUGGAAAACAACAGGACCCUAGCACAGUGUAGAGUACCAGUCCGAGAAAUUUCAGGCGGAGUCACCACUAUGCAUGUUGUUGUGCGCCCUCCAUUGUCAGACAAGAAUGGUGAAAAACAACUGGCUGAUUCCCCAGAGAACAGAUGUCUGUGCUCAAUCUUGUGAUUCCAGAUGGCAAGACUGACGGUUCAUCUUAGUUGGUUGUCGUUGCUUUCCCAUGUUGUCUUGAGUAUACGGGCUGCUGGGAGGCUGAUUGGAUUAUAUGCACUUAAGUCUGAAGAGGCUGCCGAAGAAGUUUGAAGCUUGGGAUGCCUCAUUUGUUGUAUUGCAUGAUCUCUGUCUUGAAUUUGUUGUUUCUUGUAGUGAAAAUUCCCUGUUGCCCUUCAACAUUGGAGGGAAAAGAUUAC